UAUGAUGAAAUUCGAAAUGAUAUUCAACAAUUAUCAAAUCCACAAAUGGAACAAUUAUUACUUUAUUUUGAUAAACAAUGGUUAGGUGAUAUUGACAUAUGGAAUGUUUCCACAACGGAUACAAGAACCAAUAACACCUGUGAAGGUGAGAAUAUAGCAGAAUUUAUUUUGAGACUAAAUAUUCUAUAUCACUGUUCAGAAGAAAAACGAUUGCAUUCAAUUGUUAUUCAGUGGUCUGCUGGUGCGGCGAAAAAAGCAAAUCUACGUUCAAAUCAAAAACAAAAUCGUCUUAAUACUUUAUAUGAACGAUACAAUAAUGGAUCUAUGAAUACUUCUCAACUUCUUCAUGGCUUAUCACUUCUUAUCGGUACAUCAAAAAAUUAG